UCGCUCUCUCUCCUUCCUCCUCGGGUUUACGUGCACCGGGUCGAUCGCAGCGACGAAGCAAAAACCGACACCAGGAAGCAAAUAACCCGAGAUCAACUUCCCCGAGAGAAAUCAAAAAAUCAAAAGCAACAACAAGCAGAGAACAUGGCUAGCUACCACAAACCAGACGAGAAGACCCUGCAGGGGCUGAAGGACCUCGCCAACAAGCUGCGGAUCCACUCCAUCAACGCCACAUGCGCCUCCAACUCCGGUCACCCGACAUCAUGCUGCAGUGCAGCAGAGCUCAUGUCUGUGCUCUUCUUCCACACCAUGCGCUACAAAGCAGAUGAUCCUCGCAACCAGUGCAACGACCGCUUUGUGCUCUCCAAGGGCCAUGCUGCACCGAUCCUGUAUGCUGCCUGGGCAGAGGCAGGUUACGUGAAGGAGUCUGAUCUGCUCAACCUGCGCAAGAUUGACUGUGACCUGGAGGGCCACCCCACACCAAAACUGGCUUUUGUUGAUGUGGCAACAGGCUCUCUGGGGCAGGGGCUUGGCGCUGCCUGUGGGAUGGCCUACACUGGCAAAUACUUUGACAAAUCCAGUUACCGUGUGUACUGCAUGCUGGGAGAUGGAGAGUGCUCUGAGGGCUCCGUGUGGGAGGCCAUGGCCUUUGCCUCCUACUACAAGCUGGACAACCUGGUGGCCAUCCUCGAUGUCAACCGGCUGGGUCAGAGUGAGCCUGCACCUCUGAUGCACGACAUGGAAACCUACCGCAAACGCUGUGACGCUUUUGGGUGGAACACGUAUGUGGUGGAUGGACAUGAUGUGGAGGAACUGUGCAAAGCUCUCUGGCAGGCUAAGCAGGUCAAGGGCAAACCCACCUGCAUUGUCGCCAAGACCUUCAAGGGAAAAGGACUCAAAAAUAUCGAGGAUCUUGAUAACUGGCAUGGAAAGCCCAUCCCUAAGGACAAAGUCGAUGGCCUCCUGAAAGAGUUGCGGUCUCAGAUCCAGGUCCCCAACAAGACCCUUUGCCCUGAACUGCCCAAUGAGGACACGGCACCUGCAGACCUGAGCAACAUCUCUCUGCCCUCCCCCCCAGCCUACAAGAAGGGAGACAAGAUGGCAACAAGAAAAGCAUACGGCGUUGCGCUGGCCAAGAUGGGCGAGGCCAGUAAGAGAGUGAUAGCUCUGGAUGGGGACACCAAGAACUCCACCUUCUCCGAGACCUUCAAGAAGGCCUUCCCCGACCGCUACAUCGAGUGUUUCAUCGCUGAACAGAAUAUGGUAGGAGUGGCCAUCGGCUGUGCCACCCGUGACCGCACGGUCGCAUUCGCAAGCACAUUCUCGGCUUUCCUGUCCAGAGCUUAUGACCAGAUCCGUAUGGGAGCCAUCUCCCAGACCAACGUCAACCUGGUAGGAUCCCACUGUGGAGUCUCCAUCGGUGAGGAUGGUCCUUCCCAGAUGGCUCUGGAGGACUUGGCCAUGUUCCGUGCCAUCCCAACAUGCACUGUGUUUUACCCCAGCGAUGCAGUGUCCACAGAGAGGGCAGUCGAGCUAGCAGCCAACACAAAGGGCAUGUGUUUCAUCCGUACCAGCAGACCAGAAACUGCAGUGAUUUACUCUCCAGAUGAGAAGUUUGAAGUGGGUGUAGCCAAGGUGGUGCGCCAGUCUGACAAUGAUCGGGUGACUGUAAUCGGAGCUGGUAUUACUCUCCAUGAGGCCCUUGCUGCUGCUGAUAUGUUGGCCAGUGAAGGAAAGAACAUCAGAGUGAUUGACCCGUUCACCAUCAAGCCCCUGGAUGCCCAAACCAUUCUGACUAGUGCCAGAGCCACGGGGGGACAAAUCAUCACUGUGGAGGACCACUACAAAGAGGGUGGUCUCGGAGAAGCGGUCCUGUCAGCUGUCGGUGCAGAGCCCGGCAUCAUUGUGAACCGACUGGCAGUGACCGGUGUUCCCCGCAGCGGAAAGCCCAACGAGCUGCUGGACAUCUUCGGCAUCAGCGCCAAGCACAUCGCUAAAGCCGUGCGUCAGACCUUUGCCAACUAAGGACUGUUCCCGAUCUCGCACGUGUUUCUCUGUUUACCCUCACCCAACUUUCUGCCAAGCUUAAGAGCUCUCUGGCAUGAUCACGUGAAGACCAUCUCUGCUCGCGGCUUUGACUCAAAUGCAGUGAAUUAUUAUUAACACAGCUAUAGAGGUGAGAGGGAUUAGAGUGAAGUCUGGUGUUAAUAACAUUAAUCAUGCACUGUUCAGUUACUCCUUCCCAGAUGAGUUCCGUUCUUCCAUCGUAAAGGGUUCCUUUCUCAUAUCUUGUUUUCAAAUGGUGUCAUGGACGUAGCUCGGACAAGUUGACAACUCAAUUUAAUAUCCCGUCAUGCCAGCUGCCUGUCUAUGUUCUGAACCUUCCUCGGACUACAACUUCUUUUGCGUUCCAAUUAUUUCUUAACACAUUCCUUAAGUCCCAUUUCUUGUGAUUUCUCACUUCCCUUCUUGACCGUCUAUUUCUAAGAAGCACUGUUACUAACUCAUAAAUCUAAUGUACGAGAUAACUUUCAGUAUUUAGUCCCAGUCAUAAAUGCUCAGUCAAAAAGCUUGGGUCCAUAUUUGUGCUUCAAAGACCCAGAGUGUGAGAAAUCAAACCAGUUUACUAAUGAACUCUUCUUAUUCUCAUGGUUCCUGACCACACAGGCAUUGCACAAUGUUACUUGCAUUUCACCUGUCAUUGUGUGAUUGCUGUGAUGUGCUGAAUAAAAAAAUAAUAUCAUUAUG